CGGCGGCCGCGCCACCACAUAAUGCGCUGUUUUUUCGCUGAUCGAAGAAACUUCUCAACCCGAAUGUUAGAUUUUUUCCGUUCGGAAAAAGAAAGAAACGUUUGUGGCGUUCUGAAUAUUUUGUAUGAAAGAAGUUCCGUGUUCGAAAACCUAAUGUAAAAUAAAGUUGUCUGUUUAUAUCGACAGAAAAAGAUUUUCAGAAUUUCUCGGGUUCUCAUUGGCUUACCUUCAUGAUAUUUUGCGACCAAUGAUAAUCGAGGCCCUUUACAUCUUUUCAACCAAUUAUAAAAUUACGUUUUGUUCAUUGCGAACAUAUUAAAAAAAAAAACUUUCUGCGAAAGUGGCGCGUUUUGAACCUUUUUCGAUUCAAAUUUGAAUUUUUAUAAUGUGUGGUGACUAUUGUAUUUAGAGUAUGUACAGGUGUUUUAGUUUGCGUGAGGACCAAUUUAAGCUCGAUAUGAUUAAAAAUGUACAGAAACAAAUAUGCAAAAGUGACACGACACGGCAACCAUUAGAAGCAGGCGCCGAGACAUUCAGCCAGCGCAGCCCUGGCGGACAUCGCCCCAGUUGCUCCUUGGAUCGAACGAUUGCGUACCUACCUAGUUACGACGCACGGCCGUAGCCUCCGAGCCCUAUCCAAAUUUAUGUGAUUGUCAGAUUCAAUUUAUAUUCCAAAAGAAUACCAUAAUUUUCGCGUCAAAUUGAUCAAAUUUCAAUAGGGCGCAAGAAUAACGUCGAUGCAUAUCGACAAAAAAUGGAAGAUUCCUAUAUCAUUGCUAAUCUUCACGCUUUAUGUCGCCUGUGUCUCAACAAAAGCACCUUCACAACUUCGAUUUUUGGAGCUACACCUGAUGAUGAAACUAAUAUUUCAUUAACCUCCAAAAUAUCACAAUUUUUUGAAUUACAGAUUGACCCUGAUGAUGGACUGCCAGGAAAUAUUUGUUACAAAUGUCUGUUCAAGGUAGACAAAUGCUGCAAAUUCAAACUUCAGUGCAUACAAAAUGAAAACAGACUGCGACAAAUCACUAACCGAGCUGGUGAAUUAGAUAACUCAAACUCUUCUGAAGUAAGUAACUAUAUUUAUAGUAAUAGUCAAGAAUCUAUGAAACCAAAACAUGAAGAAUACAUUGUUGAGGACAGUGUUGUGAUGGUUGUUGAUCCGAGCCUCGACUAUGACUCCUCAGAGGAGUCUGAUAAUACAGAACAAGUUGAACAUGAAACCCCUGAAACUGAGAAUGUUCCCGACUGUGAACCAAUACCUGAAACAUUCUUCAAAAAUGUAUUCAUGUGUCAAUACUGUGACCAAGCUUUUAUUUCUCAAGAGAAAUGCAAAGAACAUGAGCAACAUUAUCAUGACCCCAACUUACCAUACAAGUGUGUUGAAUGCAGUAUAGUUUUUGCUGAACGAAGUCAAUAUGUGCAACAUACAAAACAAGUUCAUGGCAAUGACAAACCUUAUCACUGUCCAGAGUGUGAAAAAUGUUUUGGUAGACGAUCGGAUCUAAGAAAGCAUUCAAUUGUCCACACUGGCAUUAGACCUUACCAAUGUCAGUAUUGUUUAAAAAGUUUUUCACGCAACACUAAUUUAAGUAAACAUCUUCGUAUUCAUGCUGGGCAUAAGCCACAUGUUUGUCCUUUAUGCCCAAGGAGCUUUGUAGCAAGGGCUGAUCUACAGAGGCAUGUAUUAGUUCAUUCUGGAAUGAAACCAUAUGCAUGUCAAAAAUGUCCCUUAACAUUUGGAAGAAGAGACAAGCUCAUUAAGCAUGAGGUGAGACAUGGUUCCACUAGCCAACAUCACAAGACUGGUGAAUAUGAUAAUGACCAAGACACACAUGAUAUGGUAGUAAGUGUAAAUCCUUUUAGCAACCUUAUGACAUCACCCCCUCAACUAAAUCCUGAUUCAUCAAACAUGGACUAUGAACUUCCCAGAAUACCAGAUCACAUAUCAGGAGAAAGCAGUUUCAUGAAUCAAGUGUCCAAAAAUCCUUCCACAUCAGGUAAACAAACUCAAAACUCACCCACAAAGCAGAAAUUAGGUAACAGCAAGAACAAACCAAAGAAUAUAAAAUGUCAUCAAUGCCCCAAAAGAUUUUCAUCAUUAGAUGCUUAUAAAACCCAUGUAUCUAUAGCCCAUGUCGGGUCAAGGGGUUUUCAAUGUAAAAUUUGUUUUAAGAAAUUUCUGAGGAAGCGUGAUCUAGAUAGACAUGCUACAAUACAUUCGGGAAUCAAGCAUUUUUCUUGCAGCCAAUGUGACAAGAAGUUCACAAGGAAAGACAAGCUAGACAAACAUGAGGAGUCUCAUGAGAGUAUGGUUGUGAAUAUGCCUUGCAUUGAGUGUGGUGCCACUUUUGAAAAGAAAGCAGAUUUAGUAGCCCACCUCAAAUCUCAUUUCGCUGAUCAGUUUGAUGACAAGAGUCCAGAAACUCAGAUCAAAAAGGAAGAAGAACCUGACUUCCAGAUGGAUGAUAACUUUUAUGAUUUAGAGACUUGAGACUUUAUUUGAUAUUAUACAAAUGUCAUUAUUAUUUUAGAAUUAUGUUUUGUUUAGUUUGUUGAAUCAUUUUAUAAUUUAAUUAUGUGAAAUUAUGUGACGAUGUUUCUACAGAUUACUUAACAUGAUUAUUGUAUAGCCAUAAAGGGAGAUUGUUUUAAAUGUUGGUUAUUUACUGUUAUACUUUGUCAAGGCCUACUUUUCACUGGCAAUAAAAGAGUGAUUAUUAAACUUUGUAUGAUUAAAAAAUAUGUAACCUCUUGUGAGUAGGACAGUAGAUAUUGUAUUUAUAAAGUAGUAUUAUCAUAACAAAGGUUAAAUUUAAAAACAAAAUCUUAUGGAAUUAAUAUUUAUUGUUCCUUUGUUUGAAUAUGUUAAAUGGCUUAAAUGUUAAUAUUUUUUCAUUUUAGAAUCUUUAUAAUUAAACUAUGCACAAACUACUGUUUCAAUCAAUAAGUGAUAUGUAGUAUUAAACUAUGCUAGUAACUAUAUUAUUGUUUUGUUUUUAUCACAUUUCUUGUUUUCAUUACAAAUCUUAAAAUUAUUAAUCAAAUACAGAAUGUAUGUUCUAGUGUAAUAAAUAAAAAUACAACAAUUACCAAGAAGCUUGGCAAUGAAAAUAAUAAGUAUAUAUCAAUAAACUUUCUUAAAUAUACAAGUAAUGUGGAUAAUAGAUCAUUUUAUAUAAGUGUACAAGACUAAAAUACAUUGUGAUACCAAAAUAUGUAAAAUAUUGUUUCCUGUGUAAAUGCAUGGUUUAUAAAUGCAUAAUAUUUUUAACUUUCACUAGAAAAUUAUUAUAAUUAUUGUAGUUUAACUCCUCACGUCCUAAAUUGUGAAUCUGAUCAAGGACUUUAUCAAUAUGAUGAGGAGUAUUGAUACUAUUUUAUUAAUACUAAAGUACUGAAAUAAUUAGUAUUUUGUAUCAAUCAAAACUAAGGGAAAAAGAUGUGCAAAGUGCAAACAAAGACACAGCACCACAUGCUUGAGAUUUUUAUUAAUAUUUCAUUAGUACCAACAAAGUAUAUUUUGAUUUGUUUGAACUCUCAUUAUAACCAAUCAACCAGCUAAUGGAUUUGCAUGUAUAGUUACUGAUGUUAUCCUGGCUUCUGUGAGAGGUUUAAAUGUCUUUGGAUUUACUGGUAAUUUUUCUAAAUCAUCAAGUGCCUCGAAACCAUCUAUAACUCUGAAAUAAAAUAUUCAAAAACAAUGAUAAGUCUUAAUGCAUGAUUCACUCAUAAAUAUAUUUGUAUUAUUUUUCUGGAAAUAUAAUUACCUUCCAAAUAUUGUGUAUUUUAGAUCUAGGUGAGGCUGUUCUCCAUAGGUAAAGAAAAACUGGCUGCCAUUUGUAUUUGGACCAUUAUUUGCCAUACUCACAAUCCCUCUUGUAUUGUGCUGCAAAAUAAGAUUUUGUUGUUUAAUAUUGCCAACCAAAUACAGUUUUUCACUUUAAAGAUAAUGCUAACUUACAAAAAGUGCUUCCAAACAUAACUACAAUCUACAAUGUAUCACAAUAAACUAUUUCAACUUACCUUUAA